AGAGAUUUGAGAGAUUAUGGCAUCUGAAGCCCACAAUGCUAGAAAACAGAAAGUACUGCAUAUUGAAGGUUGUCCUAUUGAUCUCCCCAGAAAAAGAAUCUCUUCUUCCACUAAAAAGAUCAUGAAGGAGGGUAAGAAAUCUCCAAAACAGCUGGCUUCAUACACAAACAGAAUAACAGUUGGAAAAACGGUGACCAGUCCCCUCUCUCUUUUCAGAGUAGUAUAUUGUAAAAGAAAAGUUCACUGUUAUACUCCAAAGCCUUGUUACAGAAAGAAACAGUUCCCUAAAUCUAGGGGCUGUGACAUGGCAAAUAAAGAAAAUGAACUGGCUUGUGCAGGGAAUCUGCCAGCAAAACUGCACGAGAGUCGUAUGCACUUGCUGAAUUCUAGUGACUCUGGCUCAUCUCAGACAGAAGGCCCCUCAUCCAAAUAUAGUGGAUUUUUUUCAGAGGUAAGUAGAGUUUAAAGAAACUUUAGUUUAAAAUAAAAAGUAUUCCUCGUAGUUUGUUUUUUUCGAAGUAUAAGUGAACUGGUAGCCUACUUAGUGAGGAUACAGGAUCUUGGAGUAGUAGUAGACUGCCUUCCUGUGCUUACAAACAGUUUACAGGAAGAAAAACCAUAUAUUUCAGUUGGCUGCUGUGUAGAUCUUUUGCCUUUAGUGAAAUCACUGCUUAAAAGCAAAUAUGAAGAAUACGUGAUAGUUGGUUUAAACUGGCUUCAGGCUGUCAUUAAACGAUGGUGGUCAGAACUAUCUGCACAUACAGAAAAGGCAGAGGAUGGAAAUAUUCAUAUUUUAAAACAACAGUUAAGUGGAUUAUGGGAACAGGAGAAUCAUCUUACUCUGGUUCCAGGAUAUACUGGUAAUAUAGCUAAGGAUGUAAAUGCUUAUUUAUUACAGCUACACUGACAUGACUGGGAAACUAUGUGUGCUUAUGUGGUAAAACAAUCCCCUAAAGUAUCCGUGAAAUAUGUACUGUUUCUGAAAGCCUUUUGAGAAAUACUGGCAGAAGAGAGCUGAACUGUCAAGCUGUUUAAUGAAACCACUAACAAAAUCCUAACAAUCUACUUCACAUUGAAGUGGAAAAAUGUUUAGUAGGAGCAACUUUUACUUCAGUGAGGUGAAAGUGCACUAUGAAAACUGUAUGCCUUUGCUGCAUUUGGGAUUCACUCAGUUACUAGGUAUUCAUUUAAAUGCUACUGUAUUUUACUACAGCAUCACAUAAAAGAAGAUGAAUUAUACCGUCAUGAAGACGGGACAGCAGAACCAGUUAAGGAACCAACAAAAGCAAUCAGCAUUAAGAGCUUUUAAACGUUGUUUUCACAAGAGAACUCCAAAAUGCACAUCUUCAAAUUAUAGUAAAAAAACCUUCGGAAUAUUCAAUUACUUCUGUGUUUUAA